AUGAUAAAUCAACCACUCCUUGAAGAGUUGUCCGUCAGUGUAGUGAAGAAAUGCGGGCCAAAGCUACUCACUGUGAUUCAGGAGAGGGGUUCAAAACUCAAAAAGUUGCAUCUUCGAGCCAAAAAUUUUGGUGAUGGGAAAAACGACGUAAACUGGGGAUUUCUUGCAAACAUGCAAAGCUUGAAGGAUUUUGCCUUUGUCCGACCAAAGUCCAAAUCCAAUGGCUGGGCGAGUGUGACAUCGCAUUGUGAAGAACGUGGGGUCACUUUCCUCCGUACCCUUCCAACUUGUCUCACGCAUCUCAAGCUCCGCGGAAUUGAUAGGUUUUGGUGGGACUCGGAUCAAAAUAAAGAGAUCGGCGAAUUAGAGAAGCAAUCCUUGUUAAACAGAUUCACAAACUUGGUCACCCUCAGCAUCGUCCAUUACGAUGGGAAAAAGUUGAAUGAGGAUAUUCUAGAGAAGGUGAACACCACAAUGUUAAAACUGCAGAAGUUGGAACUCUCAAACUUUGGCAAGGCUACUUUAUACCAGCAUCUUUCGCGUGAGGCAAUGGUUGGAGUAAACUUGGAAAACCUUCAAGGUUUGACUGACAUUACCCUUAAGGGGUGGGGAAGUGUCGCUGAAUUGUUGGGUUCUACUUCACAUAAGUUUUUGCUAACUUUAACCCUUGUCACGGAUGAAAUCGGCAUGACGAAGUGGGAUGUAGGCUUAGCGAUACGUUUCUUAAGACGGAAUCCAAGCCUUGAAAAGAUAUCUAUCAGUGGGAAGUAUCUGAUCCUUCGAUCCGAUUUGGUGAAGGAGUUAAAGACCAAAUCUUCCCGACUCGUCCAUGUCGAAUGGGGCAAAACAUCAGGAAUGAACGCACUGGACUCGGACGCAUCGGGGUACUCGAAUAACGACAGCGAAGUUUACAACUAUAAUCGCCAAGAUGACUACGAUGACUUCUUUAAUCGCGAAGAUGACUACGAUGAGUUUAACGGAGAAAUUUCUGACUAUACAGCGUGCGAUCGGGAGUGUGGAUAUUGUGGACGAUGUGACUAUUGAUUGCAUUAAUAUGUAUGAAACCCGCUUCCGGGCGGACUAUAUAUUAAAAUUUAUGUAUGACCAACGCAUAAAUACUUCAAGUAAGCUAACCUGUUUAUUGGUUUAAUUAUUCAAAUCCUGCAGAUGAGCUGCAUUUCCGUAGUGAACGCUAGCGAAUAAAUAAAUUACUAAAAAAUGAAAACUCACUUAUUACGUUAACACUUCAAAAAUAAUAAACUUAGGUAUAUCCUAAAAUUAAUUAUAUGUUUAGACACAUAAAUAUGCAUGUAUGCAUUCUAAAUUGAUUGAUUGAUUGAUUGAUUUAUUCAGCAUAAAUCCCUUUCAGGCAUAAUUGCCCAUAGAGUUACAGAGUUAAAAAAAUAUAUAUGUAUAAUAUCGUUAUACACAUUAUCAUCAUACUUGAGUCCUUAAGAAUUAUUGAUUAAUUGGUUAGUGCAUUGGUUAAGUAGGCUUAAUUGUAAUGUGUAUAUACAUUUGACUUUGUUGACUAUUCUUCCAAAAUUAAUUUUCUAUGUCUAAGUUUGACUUGAAGGUAGUUGGAAACAUUUAUGCAUUGUUCUCUGUUAUCUAGAUUUAAACAUUUUGGCCAAAGCAUUUCCUCCCCCUCUUUACGGUAGAUCUUACAUUUACAAAUAAAAUGCUGA